GAUUUGUCAAAUCGUUAUUGACAGUUGUUUAAGGUUAUGAUUUAUAAAUAAAAAGUUUUAUUUUCUUGUAUUUCGACUAUGCCGCGAGACAAAAGUCGCUACAGGGAUAGACGAAGUUCCUCAUACAGUUCUGAGUCGUCUUACGAUCGAAAACGAUCUAAAAGUAAACAUAAGCGCAGGUCAAGAUCGAGAGAUCGAUCGGAAUCAAGUAGCCACAAAAGAAAACGGUCUACUUCGCGAUCCAAACAUAAAAGAAGAAGUUACAGUAGAAGUCUCUCCAGGGACAGAUACGAGUCGAAGUCUAGAAGACGAUCUUCUUCAAGAUCUCGGUCAAAGCGAGAUCGGUCGCGAUCGUUGUCCAGUAGUCGUAGUAAAUCAAAGUACAGCAAGAAAAAAUCAAAGAGGUCGCGUUCUUCUAGCAGUCGUAGUGCCCGGAGUAGCUCUUUUGAUAUUGAGCGCUUACCACAAAUAAAGAAGGUAAAUCUAGAUGACACAGAAGCUAAAUUGGAGAAGGCAAUCAAAGCAGCAGCUGCAGUAGGUUUGACUAUGACCAAGAUACCUACCUAUGAGUAUAAGGAGGUUGAAAUCAAGGAGGAUAUGCCAACCAUACAUGACAGAACCCUCUUGGCAGAGUUGAACAGUGACUCAUUUGUUCCAAAAUCUUUUACAUCUUCAAAAAAUAAAAAACAGUCACAAAAUAUUGUCAUAGACCUAAACUCGCAGACUGUUACUGUACCUGAUACAGAUAUAAAGGUUUCUAGUGAUGACUCUAUUAUUAAUUUUGAUGAAAUACCAAGUGAGGUAGAAUUAAGAGAGAUGUGGAUUCAACAACUUUAUCAAUACAGAAAGAAGAUGGUUAAAGGAGAGUAAAUUGUAAGAGAAAACAUAUAGUGUAAUUUAUUUUAAUACCAGUAAUAUAGUAAUAAUUCCCACGUUUUGAGGUUUUAUUUUAAUACGAAACCUGUUGUCAUCGAUUAAAUUUGUUUUUAAAAACAUUGCAUAAGAUUAAGUUUUAUUGCCAUUACCUAUAUCUAAAAUAAACAUCUAAGAACUAAACUGAACCUUAAUACCAAGGAUUAGGAGUGAUUAUUACAAAGCAUAGUUUGUUCUAACAGUUUAUUAAGAAUAGUUUGAAUAAACUUCACAUUAUAAUAACAAGUAAAGGAGUGCUGCAAUUCAGUUAUACAUGCUUCCUCAGAAGAAUCAAUAAAAACAAGUAACAACCUAAAGUACUUUUUAUUGAACACAUUAACAUAACCGGUAGCCGCAACUCACAAUUUCAAAUGCUUUGUAACUACUAAGUCGUCUAUAUUUACAGUGACGAUGGCCCAUAGCCCUGAGUCCCCAGUGGUCACUUUCACAUGUUGUUCCUCUCUCGCUGAAUACGACUGCUGUAUGUUCGGGACACCAAGUUCCAUGCAUCCAUAUAUCUGUCCAUGCACAUCGCAAUACAUUUCUGUUCAGAAUUGUCUAGGGCUGUUCCAGGUUUAUUGAUGCACUUUUUGAAACAUUUUUCCGACAUUUUCGUCAGUAAUUCCUGAGCGUUCGCUAUGGCAAUUUGCUGUUUCACCUGAUCCAUUAAUUCUUCUUUCUGUGCUCCAGAGAGCGAACCAGUUGAUAAUGUAUCCAUGGUUAUAAUAUAUUAAUUAAUAUUUCGUGGGAUGACACAAUUUACGGAAUUUUGUGAUAAUGACAGUAUAACCUCAAAUUUCUCGGUGACAGCGAGUGC